AUGAUCAAAGGCUUGGAAUCGAGGGCACUGAUCAAGGUAAUGGUGCGCUGUGCACGCGACACACGAGGGCGCGCGUCUCUGAGUCUGCGGCACUGUUCCUCCGGUUGCCAAGGUAGUUAUGCGAUUGCCACGGCUUUGAGGUCUUUCUGCCGUGUAGGGUCCUUCAGUCCUUCUAAUGAUUUCAUUCGAGUACAUAGCCUGAGUAGUAACAGUCUCAGCCACGUCACAAACAAACUG